AUGAAGGAAAACAAUGCUAAGGAGAUUGUGGAACACUUUGAACGACUUGCUGCUGAGGCGACGGGGCCCAGGUCGGCGACGGGGCCCAAGUCGGAGACGGUGAUUCCUAAGGAGAAAUCGGAGGGUGAAAUGAAUAAUAGUGUACCCAUUGAUACGGUACAUACAGAUGAUUGUAUUCCAGCUGGACCUCCUAAAUUGGUAAAUAAGUACAUUUUGAACAAGAAUUUUAAUGAGCCUUCACCGGAACGAGAUGGAAGCUUUGGAGAUAACUCUAGUGACCCAUCUUUCCAAGAAUGGAUGCCUGAAGUAUUGAAGGGACAAAGAUGGGGGAAGAUUGACUCGGAGGGUAACUCCAGCGACUAUACAACGAGUCCUGGAGGUGAUGGUGCGCAGGUUUUGGAUGAGAAUCCUUAUCUUAGCGUGAAUGCCAAGACAAAUACCAUAGUAAAGAACUCCGAGUUAGAAGUAGAGGGUCAAGAUGAGGCUGAAUGGAGGAAAUACAAGAACGAUGAGUUUGUGAGGCAUCUCAAUGCCAACAAUUUCAAGGGUUCGAAUAUCGACGGAGGGUUUGUAGCUGAUACGUUUGCUAAGAAGUCUAAAGGAGGCAGUAAUAGUGUAUUAUCGGAGUCGUUUACACCUAGAUCGCCUCUUAAGUUGUUUGGGGAUCGCCACGACACCUACACUAAGGGUAAAUUGAAGAAUAUCCUAGGAUAUGUGAACAAAGGAAGUAAAGAGGGGGAAGAAGAACAAGAGGCGGAAGGCGAUGAGAAGAUCAACCAUCUUCUUCAGAGCGCAGACAGUAUUUAUAACAAGGUCGUAGCAUCUGCCAGGGCUGCGACAAACCCUGAUGAGAGUAACUCCAUGACAUAUACUGAUGAGGAGUACACAUCCGAUGCAGAUGAGUUUAAUUCGGAACGAUCUGGAGCUACGUUCUCUGCCAAUGCAUACUAUAAAAACGGCGAUAACAUUCUUAAGAACUUGAAGAGGAAGUUCAGUCAGCCGUUGCCGAAACCAGGGAGCGAAAUCUCUGAUUAUACGUCUGAUGAGGAUGAAUUGAAGACGACGAUGGCAUCGGCAUCAGCAUCAGCAUCAGCAUCAGCAGUAGUAAUCAAACAGCUUGAUGAGGAUCCAGACCUAACACCUUCUUUAGAAUUACUUCAAAAGCAGUUCAACAUUUCGAUGAGCGAUCUAGGGCAUUCUAUCAAGCCGUUGACUAUGCCUAGAAUUCAAGAGGACAAAGAUGAUGAAGAUAGCAUCAAAACUGCCGAGUCUUCACCCAAGUAUAGAGGACUGAACUUUAUCUCUGCAGAAGACUAUAAAGACAAGGUUUUCGACAAGAAGCAGAACAAGUACGUGACCAAAGAACAGUACGCGCAACUUUAUGGAGGAGACAUAUCAGAUAGAAGUAAUGAUGAUGUAUUUAGCGGAGUGUCUGAAACGAUUCAAAAGACACCAGGGAUUCUCAAACACGAUACUGGUGUGAGGACUCCUAGAGAGGUGUCAUUUAAGUUACCAGAUGAACCCUCCAACCUCUCGUUUUCUCAGACAAACGCCGCUCUCGUGUCUGCCAUCACAGAGACAUAUCCUGAAGAAGACUGGGAUUACGUUGAGCAAUUGGAUAUUAGCGGUAAGGGUCUAGACAAACUUCGUGAGUUGAAGCGAUUUACGCCUCAUCUUUGGCUUUUAGAUGCAUCCAAUAAUGAUAUAACACACGUCGAAGGAGUCCCAGAGAAAGUCCAGAUCAUCAAGUUGAAUAGAAACAAAUUUGGCAGUCUGGCAUCGUUUGAAUUGUCCAACUUGCAAGUCCUUGAACUGGAUGAAAACGUUCUUGAAAAUCUAUCAGGGUUGUCAUCAUUGACCAAUCUUACCAAACUUAGCAUCAGCUCGAACCAGUUGACCGAUAUCAGCCAUUUACAGAGCCUAAGAAUGCUUCGAUAUUUGAAUCUAGGCAACAACAAACUUAAAGGAACCAUCAAUUUUGCCAAUUAUCAGAUGUGGUUGUUAGAAGAUUUGAUAAUAGACGACAAUGAGAUUUCUGGUCUAGUUGGUAUUGAAAGCUUACCUAAUCUAGUGUAUUUGUCUGCCAACGGCAACCCGAAUUUGCAUACACUAUCGUGUCAGGGAGUCAAACACGAGAAUCUCAAACGAUUGAGUAUUAACUCAACAAGAUUGAGUGAAUUGGACUUGAGUAGAUUCCCCAAUCUUAUGAGACUCAGUAUUGAUAGAACUGAGAUCCAAAGACUUGAAGGAUUAGGAAAAUAUCUGGAAAAAGUAUCAUUUAAGUACCAAUCCAGCUCAGAAAAUGCCACUUUGUCGAUAUUGAAGAACAGUUUGGACAAUGAGAAUCUCCGGUGGGUGAAAUUUACUGGAGGAUCUGUGAAAUUUGGGUUUCCAGCACAUAGAUUCUCCAGUAUUACGAAACUAGACAUCUCGGCAACCGGUUUGAACACUUUACCUAGGAGAUUUGGCGAGAUGUUCCCCUUGUUGACCGAUUUGAACGUUAAUUUCAACAAUUUGGAGAACCUCAAAGGAGUCGAAGGAUUACACCAGCUUCGAAAAUUGAAGUUGCUAGGAAAUUCCUUCAAUAGAAUGGAGGACAUUUUCAACUAUACGGAAAGUUUGAGAAGCAGUCUAGAGCUUCUCGAUAUGAGAGUAAAUCCAGUAACUAAAGGAUUCUAUCCAUAUGUCUUCUAUGAUCCAGAAACAGGAAAUGAAAAUGAAGACGAAACACUGAAUAAUGGUGAAACGACUGUCACAACGUUGAAUUUAAAGGACUACGAUGACAUUGAAGCGUUCUCGGUGGAAUACGAAAGACUCUACACUAAGGAAAUGCUUAGUAAAUGGAACAAUAAGAACGAUCUGUACGAAAAUAAGCAGUCUACAACAUCGUCGACGCAGAAACAAGAGUAUCAAAUGGAAGCAAUAGUUUGGUUCUACACCAUUCGAUACUUGGACGGGCUCAAGAUAGACUCUUCAAGGAGAGUUCAAGAGUAUAAGAGGUUUACCGGUGUACAAUAA